AUGGGGGUCAAUCCGACCCGAAAGCGUGUAGCGCAGGCCUGCCAACGAUGUCGGCAGCGGAAAUUCAAGUGUGAUGGUCAGAAACCCGAGUGCUCGACGUGUAAGCAAGCUGGUCAAACAUGUCUUUAUGAGUCGCAUAUCAGAAAGCGCGGUCUCCCGGAAGGAUACGUCCGUGGGAUGGAGCUUCUGGCCAGCCUCUCCAUUCAACACAUUAAGGACUUUGAAGGAUCCCUCCUUUCGCUGCUCUUGAUGAAGAAAGAAGGGGGAUCUUAUGAGUGGCAAGAUGGUAUGGAGGAGCUUCUCGACAUAUGGAGAAAUAGCAAGCUAUCCUUUGAGCUUGAAAACUUGUUGCCCUCUCUACCGAAUUCGAAAUCACAAUCUUCGAAACGAAAGUUUGAAGGGCGAGAGCCUGAGCUUGAUAACACCCCUCGACGCUUUGCGGGCCCUGUGUCAGCUGGUGACAGUGAUCUUCCUUUCCCGGGUUAUGAUCAAACAUUUUCUGGUGGGCGAUUUGUUGACAACCAUGCCCUUGAUGCUGAAGUCUCAGUUGCUCUCGAUACAUCAGCACUCUCAUUUCAAUUGCAUGAACCGAGAAUAGUUGAGACAAGACUGCCCCCAAAUUUGGGUCGUUUAAUCAGCAUUUACUUCACGCAUACACACUGCUGGCUGCCAAUAGUGGACAAAGGCAAUAUCAUGCGUUUCUCAUUUCAGUCACUGGGCGAAGGGUCCGACAGCAUGCGAACAGAAUCCCCACUGGCUAUUAUUUGGGCAAUCGCUGCAUUGACAACGCUACAAAUUUCUAAUCGUAGAGACUCUGUGGAUGCUCCCGGUGGUGAUGAGCCUUCAGCAACCCUGGCUAAAGAAUAUUAUGCGAAAGCACGGGAGCUCAUACCUCCCGAGGAGGGGCCAUUUGAACUCGAGCAUGUUCAAGCCCUGUUGAUCAUGAGUCUUACCAAAAUUUGCCAGGCAGAAUGGUCUUCUGUUUGGAUGCUCAUUGGCAAGGCUGUGCGAAUUGCUAUUGAUCUGGACUUGGGUUCCACACGCUCCAAUACAGAAUUGCAAUCUCGUGCUACAGAAGUCUCAGGAAGAUAUAAACACACUUUCUUGGGGUGCUUCAUUAUGGACACACUGGUGUCCUGUCUCUUGAACAGAACGCCCCAUCUUCGCAAAGAAGACGCUGACCGGGUCAGCGCCAUCCAAGAAGAUGGCUUGGAUGAAUGGGAUCUUUGGUCUGACCCUCUUGAAACAGACCCGUCAAAAGCUCAUUGCAAACCUAUCUUUGCUCUGUCUACUUUCAACAAUUUGGUCAAUGUCUGCAAAACUCUGAAUUUUAUACAUGUUGCACAACCUUGCGCCAUGACAACUGCGUCCCGAGUGCUUCUUAGCGAUGAACUUCGGAAGGGACAGACUCGGCAGCCUUUUGAAGUUAUUUUUCGAGAGCCCAAUGUGUCCCUCCCUCUUGAAGAAAGAAUGUUGCCACAUCAUCUUCUUCUUCGAUUGGUCUACCUUUAUGUGCUCUCCAGGCUAGGUUCUCAAUCGGUGGGACCAAGAGGACAUGCACCAGACCCCCUUGAAAGUUCCGAGAACCUCGCAUGCUAUACCGAAUGCUCUGCAACCCUAUGGGCUUACUUCAAAAAGACCGACCCUCCCUCUUUAACAUCUCCAUGUUUUAUUUUAGCCGCAAGUCUAUUCCAGUCACAUUGCAACAAUCGCUCAGAUCUGGAUAAUAUCUUCUCAAGUCUGAUGAACAUAUUGCCCCAAUCAUCUGGACAGGGGCAAGGCUCUCUACCGGUCACUGGCAAUUACUGUACGGAAUCAGCGAAGACGCUCAAUACUCAUUCAAAUAACCUCCAAGCGCCUUCUGCACAGCCACAAAACCUGAAUGCAGGAGAAUCCCAGAACAGCGAGCCAGGCCUCUUACCCCAAAAUCCAACUCAGCGAAAUGAAAUUAUUCCGGACAGCAACUCGGUGUUUAAUGAUUUCGUGGCAAUAGAUACCUCUGAGUGGUGCGUUAUACUUCUGACACAAUUCGAGGAUGCUAGCUAA